AUGGUGUUUUUGAAAAUGAAAUCAUUGGUGCUUUUGGCGGCAAUUGCUGGAAUUUCCAGUGCCGUUGACGUCUCCACCGACAAGUUGAAUUUGCGCGGAGGGCUGCCGGAUCGAAAGUUGGACGCGAAAUUCUCGCAAGCGUACGGGAACCCCACGCCAAAACCACCCGGAGCAGAGGAUUUUGGUGGUAAAGGAUUCCAACUGCAUGCAACGGUGGGCGGUAAGCCAGAAUCGGUUACGUGCGAUCGUAAUUGGGGUCCAGUCACAGGGAAGAUCGAAGCCGGGGUCAAGUGCUCAGUCUCUGGAAACCCCACUUGCGAGCAAUUGCAGAAGGCGACAUUCCUUACAGAAGAAGGAGGCGAUGGAGAAGACCUGCCCAAAGACAAGCAGACUCCAUGUUUCAAUAACGUUAUCAAAGGCCCCAAAGGUUUCAAGAUCGACAAAAGCCCACACAAUGGUGACGCGAAUCCUUUCGCCUAUUCUUUCAAAAACAAAUCAAGCCAGAAUGGGGUGCAAUGUGAACUCACUGGCGAUGGCAACAAGGACACCCCAACACUUGGGGUCAUUGUUAACGGGUUAUCCUCAACAAGCAUCGAGUGGAGGAACGUAGUCACGCUCUUUGGUGAUGGGGCUCCUGAACCAAACAAAACGCCGAAGAUUUAUGCUGUAAUCAUUAAGGGAGGGCAAAAGGCUUUGGUUCACUUUGGAGGCGAAUGGGCCGGCAAGACGAUCAAUUCACCCAAGGACGGGAAUUACGCAUACCACGAUAUCAGCCACGUCGAGAUUUGCUACGAUGGGGAAUCAGGUAAAACUACAGGAGACCCUCACUUCAAAAGGUGGGAUGGGAGCCAUUACGAGUUUCAUGGUGGCUGCGAUCUCUUGUUGCUGAACAAUCCCGACUUCAACAAUGGUCAGGGGAUGCACAUCUACGCACGUACCAAGAUUGUGAGGUGGUGGUCAUACAUUGAUCAGGUGGUGGUGAAGAUUGGUGAUGAUGUCUUUGAGGUGCAUGGUAAGAACACAAGGGUCCCUGACUGCCUCCAGUUGGAACCGAAUGCCAUUGCACAAAAUGAAAGGCACUUAUCCUCUUCUUCAUACUCCUUGUUCUCUCUCAGGUGGAGUUGA